AUGGAUGACUGUAGCAAUAAUAAUAGUAGAUAUCAAGAAGAGACAACCAACCCAGUUCAAUUAAGUGAACAUGAUCAGGCUAUUCUUGCCAAACAAAAUUCACGGAUGGUGUCAUCAUUCAAAGCACAAGAAAUUGAAAAAAAUUCAAAAAAACAUUGGGAUAUUUUCUAUAAGAAUAACGGAAAUCGUUUCUUCAAAGAUAGGCACUGGACAACCAGAGAGUUUUCUGAAUUGCUUGGAGAUGAUAUUCAUCAAAAACAUAUAUUAGAAAUUGGGUGUGGGGUUGGCAAUUUUAUAUAUCCACUUCUUGCUGACGGAUUGAAUGCUAUAUUUUAUGCAUGUGAUUUUUCACCCAGAGCUAUCGAAUGCUUGAAAUCAAAUCCUUCUUAUGAUCCAUCAUUCAUUAAUGCGUUUAAUUGUGAUAUUGUUACGGACGAAUUGAUCACCAAAAUCCCAGAAAAUAGUUUGGAUUUGGUGACUGCCAUAUUCGUAUUGUCAGCUAUUCAUCCAGACAAUCAUCGAACAGUUGUAUCAAAUAUUCAUAAAGUCUUGAAAUACGGAGGACUAUUAUUAUUUCGAGACUAUGGAAUUUAUGACAUGGCACAACUGAGAUUCAAACCAGGACACAAGAUAGCAGACAAUUUUUACAUGCGUCAAGACGGUACAAGAUCAUAUUUUUUCUCGAUUGAAUAUUUUCAAAAUCUAAUGGAAACUAAUGGGUUCGUUGAAUGUUCUAAUAAGUAUGUGUGUAAAAGGACGGUUAACAUCAAAGAAGAUGUUGAUGUACCCAGGCGAUUUAUUCAAGCAACAUUUUCCAAGCGGUUGUCUACAGAUGUAUAA